UUGAAUGAAAGUAAAAGUUAUCAGACAAAUGCUCAGGCCGGUGUUCUUAAACAGUUUACACGUUGUGCGUAAGUUAUGUUGUGGUUAUUCGACACAUCACGGUGUAGUAUGUAGUUGAUGAAAAUCUCCCGAGAAGACUCAUCGAAGUUGAAAUUUCUUUUUUUAAUAGCUCUCAAUGCCCCAAAAUAUUACAAUGGAAUGAUAACAGAAAUUAUGUUGUUUCAGGGAGUGUUGCAUUUUAUUCUUUCGGCUAUUAUUUUAUGCCUCUUCAUUCUGGGAGUAUAUCCAAAUAGGGACUACGAGUACGUCUCAGAGGAAGACUAUCCACACUUUAAAAUCAUCAGAGCAGCAAUGGAAAAGCACAAAAUAAUUCCGGACCUUCAUAAAUUGUUUACGUUUUACACGGUUCAGACCAAAUUCAUGAAUGGGAGCAAGUCCGCACAAAUGGGGAACGAGCUCUCAAAAGAGGACACACAAGAGCCUCCGCACAUCGGUUAUUGCCAUGACGAUGAUGCUUACUAUACCAUCAUACUGUCAGGUAGUAGUGUGAACUACGAAGUAACAAAGAAUAAGUCAUAUUUCUUUUCGCAGCUUUUAUAAAAAAAAUGGAGAUUUUUUAAAAUUCAGUUUUCAGAAUGAGCAUAUCUCAGACAACUGUUAAUUGUCAACCAUUUGCAAGCGGCAAAUCUCAUUGUUCCGAAUCGACAUAGUGAAGUUGUCAUUAUUAAAGGACUUGUCGGCUUGUUGCGCCUUGA